CAACUCAAUACACCAAAAACUUCCCCCUAAGGUCAAUAAACAUGUCCUCAAUCCAACACUCAGCAUCCUCCAAAUCCAACUCAAGCUUCGACGAGCUCCGAUGGGUUACUCAAAUCCGCCGAACGCUUGAAGAAGAGCUCGAGGACGACAGCGAAGUCCCAGUGAGCAUUUUCAACGUGCCCAAAAUCCUAAUGGCUAGUGAUCUGGAUUCCUACACCCCACAAGAAGUGGCGAUUGGCCCUUACCACUUUUGGCGCCCGGAGCUCUAUGAAAUGGAGAGGUACAAAUUAACGGCAGCCAAAAGGGCCCAAAAGCACCUAAAGAACCUCAAGUUCCAAGAUCUUGUUCAACAGUUGACAAAGCAUGAGCACAGGAUUAGGGCAUGUUACCACAAGUACUUGGACGUGAACGGCGAAACGCUCGCUUGGAUGAUGGCCAUGGACGCCUCAUUCUUGCUUGAGUUCCUCCAAGUUUAUGCCAAUCUUAAUGAAGAAAAAGUCCUGAGGAGACUCUCCUCCAGGAUGUCACACUUGGUUGACUACGCCCGGAGAAAAUCAGCCCACAACACCAUCCUAAGGGACAUAGUCAUGCUUGAGAACCAAAUCCCACUUUUCGUUUUGAUAAAAAUGUUGGAAUUCCAAUUCUCAUCUCUUGAAGCCGCCAACGACAUGUUGCUUUCCAUGCUUUCAGGAUUCUCCCAAGAGCUUUCUCCUUUCAAGAUGAUGGAUGUUGAUCCUCACACACCAAAUACACUCCUAGUCUCGGAUUUUGCUCACUUGUUGGACUUCUUGUACCAAAUGAUCACCCCGAAAAUCGAAGCACACGCCGAUGAAAUCAUUGAUGUCGUAGAAGACGGAGAAGGCAAUAAAGAAAGCUCUUUUGGCAACUCAAAUUCCGUCAAACAACUCCUCCAUACUAUAUGGAAGGUGCUCUCCAAGCUGAACAAAGGUCCAAUGCGUCUUCUCAAAAGAAUACUCUUCUCUAGACCUCUAAAAGUAUUCCUCAAACUUCCCUGGACAAUCCUCUCCAACCUUCCCGGCUUGAGAAUGCUCAAAGCCCCCACUGAAAUGUUCUUCUCGCAAGCCAACAAAGAGGAAGCCAAACCAGAAAACGACAACUCUUCCAACAAAACGACAAUCAACAAGCCACCACUUAUAGAAGAAAUCACAAUCCCAUCCGUGACUGAACUCUCCAAAUCCGGCGUCCGUUUCUCCCCCACAAAUGGUAGCCUCUCAACCAUCACUUUUGACCCCAAAACAGUCAUUUUUUACCUCCCAACCAUUAGCCUAGACGUAAACACAGAGGCCAUUUUGAGAAACUUGAUCGCCUACGAAGCAUCAAACGCAUAUGGGCCGUUAGUUUUCACCCGUUACACUGAGUUGAUGAACGGGAUUAUCGACACCGAGGAUGACGUGAAGCUGCUUAGAGAGAGAGGCGUUAUUUUGAACCGUUUGAAGAGUGAUGAAGAGGUGGCCAACCUUUGGAACGGGAUGAGCAAGUCGAUUAGAUUGACCAAAGUGCCCUUCUUGGAUAAGGUGAUUGAAGAUGUCAACACGUAUCAUAACGGGAGGUGGAAGGUCAAAUUCGGAAAGUUCAUGAAGCUUUACGUUUUUGGCUCGUGGCGGUUUCUCACUUUGUUGGCUGCUGUUCUGAUGUUGCUUUUGAUGGGUUUGCAAGCGUUUUGCUCAGUUUAUACAUGUGCACGUAUAUUCCAUGUCAGUACCGAUGAUAAUUAGAGUUAUAUAUAUAAC